AAGCAGAUCUUGGGGCCGCUGGGAGAAUUCAGUUUUUCGUCACCGUCAUCGUUGCUAUUAUUAAUACUAUAUAUAUAUUUUAACCUUCCUCCUUUUCCCCUUUUGGAUCUUAACCCUUUGAUCUGUUUCCUUUAAAAAGACUCCGAUUCUGAGCUCCCGACAGGGAGAAAGGGAGGAGAAAUCAUCAUCACCAUAAUAAUAAAGAGAAAACCCGAGCGAGCCUGUUCUCUCAGCUGUUAGCCAGGUUGGUGGGGGACAAAAGUCCCUUUAAAAUAUUGAAUGUCAGUCGCAAACCCAGGGAAAGGAAACGCGGAUCCGGAGCGCUAAAUUGUAGGAGGUUUAUAUGGACUUGGACGCUGCGGCUGGAUUUUGUAUGGAUUUUUUUCAACCUUCGGGAGAAAAGAGCCCGGCGUCCAUCUGUAGCCCCAAGUGAGAGAUUAAACGGUUGGGGAGGGGGGGAAGGCGCCAGAUCCCGCCACAGAAAUGGCCGAGAACUGGAAGAACUGCUUCGAAGAGGAGCUCAUCUGCCCCAUCUGCCUGCACGUCUUUGUGGAGCCCGUGCAGCUGCCGUGCAAGCACAACUUCUGCCGCGGCUGCAUCGGCGAGGCCUGGGCCAAGGAGUCGGGCUUGGUGCGCUGCCCCGAGUGCAACCAGGCCUACAACCAGAAGCCCAACCUGGAGAAGAACCUYAAGCUCACCAACAUCGUGGAGAAGUUCAACUCGCUCAACCUGGAGAAGCCGCCCGCCGUGUUGCACUGCGUCUUCUGCCGCCGCGGGCCGCCGCUGCCGGCGCAGAAGAUCUGCCUGCGCUGCGAGGCGCCCUGCUGCCAGUCGCACGUGCAGACCCACCUGCAGCAGCCCUCCACGGCCCGGGGGCACCUCCUGGUGGAGGCGGACGACGUGCGGGCCUGGAGCUGCCCCCAGCACAAUGCCUACCGCCUGUACCACUGCGAGGCCGAGCAGGUGGCCGUGUGCCAGUUCUGCUGCUACUACAGCGGCGCCCACCAGGGACACUCGGUCUGCGACGUGGAGAUCCGCCGCAACGAGAUCAGGAAGAUGCUGAUGAAGCAGCAGGACCGCCUGGAGGAGCGCGAGCAGGACAUCGAGGAGCAGCUCUACAAGCUGGAGUCGGACAAGCGGCUGGUCGAGGAGAAGGUGAGCCAGCUGAAGGACGAGGUGCGUCUGCAGUACGAGAAGAUGCACCAGAUCUUGGAUGAGGACUUGCGGAAAACCAUGGAGAUCCUGGACAAGGCCCAGGCCAAGUUCUGCAACGAGAACGCGGCCCAGGUCCUGCACCUCAACGAGCGCAUGCAGGAGGCCAAGAAGCUCCUCAGCUCCGUCCAGGUCAUGUUCGACAAAACGGAGGACAUCAACUUCAUGAAGAACACCAAGUCAGUGAAGAUCCUAAUGGACAGGACCCAGAACUGCACGGGCGGCAGCCUGCCCCCUCCCAAGAUCGGCCACCUCAACUCCAAGCUCUUCCUCAACGAGAUCGCCAAGAAGGAGAAGCAGCUCAGGAAGCUGCUGGAAGGUCCUCUGAGCACGCCGGUGCCCUUCCUGCAGAGCAUCCCCAUGUACCCGUGCGCGGCGGGCGGCGGCGGCGCCGAGAAGCGCAAGCACUCCACGGCCUUCCCCGAGGGCAGCUUCCUGGAGCCGGCGGCCGGCGCCGUGGCCGGCCAGUACAUGGGCCAGGGCGCGGCGGCGGGCGAGGGCCAGUCCGCACAAGCCAUGGUGCCUUGCAGCUCCACGCAGCACAUUGUCGGACUCCCCAGCGGCCCGCAGCCGGUGCACUCGGGCUCCGUCUUCAACCCAUCUCACUACCCCAACACCACGUCAUCUCAGCAGUCCGUGCUCUCGCAGUACGGCGGCCGCAAAAUCCUCGUCUGCUCAGUGGACAACUGUUACUGUUCCUCGGUGUCCAACCACGGCGGGCACCAGCCCUACCCCAGGUCGGGCCACUUCCCCUGGACAGUCUCCUCGCAGGAGUAUUCGCACCCGCUGCCGCCCGCGCCCGCCGUGCCCCAGUCGCUGCCGGGACUUGCCGUGCGGGAAUGGAUUGACGCGUCGCAGCAGCACGGGCGGCAGGAUUUCUAUAGGGUCUACGGGCAGCCUUCUGCGAAACACUACGUCACCAGUUAACCACGAAAGGCUCCGAGCCCUGCGCGGCGGCGCGGUCGGAGACAGGAGUCUGCUUUGGUUUGGCUUUUCCUUCCUCUCAAUCAAACGCCGUUUCCUUCCCACCUCGCGCCCCCCUCCAGGAUUUUGGGGAGGGUUGUUCUCUCAUCUCUUUUUUUU